AUGUUUUGUCGGUCGCGCUUAAGGCACGUGGCGAUGGUGCGACGAGUCCCGAGGCGUACUGCAGCAGCCCUUCACGCCGGGCCGCCGGGCUACGCCUACGCCACCGUCACCGUCACCGCCCACCGCUGCUACCGAGCAGACUUUUACAGCAACGCCUACGUACAAAAGCGAGCUGCCGUUACGAGCGUCUCUCCCACCACCGCUGAGGGUGUGCCGUCUCCGCUGGCCCCCGUGUUGGACGCAGCCGCUCUCGCUGCAUCGCUUGAUGAUGCAGCGCAUGAGGCGUCAGCGGAAGGGAAGGUGCCACCUUCACAACUACCAUCGCCCGCGGUGCGGCUGUUACCCGUGUCUACCUCGGGACACCUUGUGAGUGACUGUGCUCUUGACACGCAGGAGCUAGCGAUGGCGGUUGCAGAUGAAGCGCUGCAUGGGGAGAGUGCGAUUUUGAUGCUGCCAGAGCACCUUGAACAGGAGGGUGGCCAAGAGAAGUGCCGCUUGGGCAGCGAGAGGGCGAUUGCCACGGUGACGCCGGCGUCCGAAAGUUGGGUGGCCACAAUGAUCUCCCCCUGCAGUUACCUUUCGCGGCAGGACGCCCUUUACUUGUCAGCGCCAACCCCAUUGGAGGCACGGCUACCUGUGGCUGCCACACCAACGCUUUCAUCGUGCGUCAUGGUUGUUUUUGCCGCGAAUGACAUGCGGGUACAUGACAACUACACACUGGCGUUGGCUGCCGUGCGGGCGGAAGCAGCGGGUGGCCUGCCGGUAGUCGCCGUCGUUGUCGUCGACUACCGCGUCUUUGCACAACCGAGCGCAGUCGGAGGGUACUUCCGGCAGAGUCCCAUGCGGGCACGGUUUUUCCUUGAGACUCUUUCCAGGUUGCGGGAGAAACUGGAGGAGGAGCUACACGUACCGCUCCUUAUUCGCUGUGGGCGGCCCGAAGAACAUGUCCCUCGCCUCGCCGUGGAAUGCGGUGCCACCGACGUGUUCCUCACGACACAGUACACCCCGCAUGAAAAGCAUGUGCACGACGCCAUCAUGGCCUCGAUUAAAAGCCGCCAAUGGGUGAGCCGCGACGCUGCGACGGGCCUCCGGUCAAAAAGGCAUGACGCAGCCGUACGCCACCCGUACGACAGCCCCGAGGAGGGUGAGAGGGUGACGAGGGCGAGGGCGGUCUUGCCCGUCCCACAUAGCGUCUGGCAGACAACCUUGGUGCACAUCGAUGACCUACCUGUGCCGGUGUCUGCCAUGGCCGAGGGUGAGCGCUGGUACCACGAUGAUGUGACUGUCGCAACUAUUCGCCCGACAAAGCCGUACGACCGCUACAUUGCACGGCUAUUGUCACUACCAACGCGGCACGAGCUGCUCCCAUCUGCGGCGGAGCAGAGUGGUUUGGCGUGCCCACCGCCAUACCGCGGCGGCAUUCCAAGUUUGGAGCAACUUGGCUACGGCAACCCUGAGGCCUUUGCGGUGGAGGAAGUCAUCGCGACGCAAUCUUCACAUACGCCCGGAGAAGACGCGGCUAUUGAGCGCGUGGAGGAUUGGCUUGCAGGCGGCGGCGUGACGUCGCUCCUGCGCUACGGCCGCGUGCACCGUACAAAUGUGAAGAUGUACUCGCAACGUCUUUCACGGGUGUCACCGUACCUCUCAAACGGGUCGCUCUCACCGCGACGUUUCUACGAGAUGCUGCGAAGCUAUGCCAACGAAAAUGUGCGUGAUAAUUUUGUUCAGAUGCAAUACCGUGAGGCUCUGCUUCGGCUGAGCCGACGCGAUUACUGGCAUUGGAUGGGUUUACGAUACGGGCCGCAGCUAUUCUUCCCAUACGGCCCACGGCCUGAACACACCGACAACAUUCCAGACUGGCGCCAUGAUGAAAAAAUUGUUCAGAAGUGGUGUGCAGGACUAACAGGCGUGCCGUUCGCAGACGCGGCAAUGCGGGAGCUGCUGACAACGGGCUUUCUCGCCCACGAGGGGCGGCAGGCGUUGGCCUGGCUGCUCACACGCGGCUACGGACAAGACUGGCGCCUGGGGGCGGAGUGGAUGGAGCGUUGCUCACUUGACUAUGAUCCGUUUUUGUGCUACUGCAACUUUGCCUACUUUAGCGAGCUUCUCUUGGACGACUUUGGUGAACCUGUUCGUAGUGUUCACUGGCUCGCCCACCACCACGAUCAGUCGGGUAUCUACGUGAAGAAGUGGCUGCCGCUGCUGAGUAAGAUUCCGCCUGUCUACAUCCACAGGCCACACGUUCUUACACCGCGGAUGCAAGCCAUGCAUGGUGUGAGGGUGGGUAAGACAUACCCCUACCCGCUGAAACUGUGGGAUGGUGCUCAGUACGUGUUGGGUACCAAUGACCUCACCAGCUACUUCAAUUCCUCUAGUACGUGGCAGCGGAAGGCAAGGAAUGGCGCGGGCGGCCCAGGCUAUGCGGAGGCCCUGCGCCACGGCCAGGCACUCAUGCGGGUGGAGGAAUGGGGUGUCUCCGUCUCGCCGGAGGAGGUGUCCCAGCGUCCGUGGGCGCGUCACCUUCCCGCAUCUGCCUUUGAAAGUUGCGACGACGAGGCGCAGACACUUUACAUGGCGCGGAAGGACCAAACGCAGCAGACACAACACCAGCAGGCGUCUCUGGUCUGA